UAGGUGUAUGGUUUUCCUUGGGCUGCGCAUACAUUGCUUUAGAAGGCUACGAAGGUGCUGCCAAAGCAUUUCAGCGCUGUGUGACAUUGGAACCAGAUAAUGCUGAGGCCUGGAACAAUUUAUCAACUGCUUAUAUCAGGUUAAAACAGAAAAUCAAAGCAUUUCGAACCCUCCAAGAAGCUCUCAAAUGCAACUAUGAGCACUGGCAAAUAUGGGAGAACUAUCUUCUUACCAGUACAGAUGUUGGAGAGUUUUCAGAAGCGAUUAAAGCUUAUCAUCGGCUCAUGGACUUAAGAGAAAACUACAAGGAUACACAGGUGCUGGCUAUCCUGGUCAGAGCAGUAGUGGAUGGUAUGGCAGAUCGCACGGGAGAGGUAGCGAGUGGAUUGAAGGGGAAAUUGCAAGAGCUCUUGGGCAGAGUGACUUCACGAGUGACAAAUGAUGGGGAGAUCUGGAGACUUUAUGCCCAGCUUUAUGGAAAUGGACAGAAUGAUAAUGGUGAAGACAUUGAAAAGUCACUGCAGUGUCUUACUAAGGCACAUAAAUGUGAAGUUCAGUCAAGUGAUUGGCAGAAAGAUGUUUCUUCUUUUAAGGAAGUGGUGAAAGGAGCCAUAGAGAUUGCAUAUGUGGCUAUAAAAUGCAGCAAGAACAAAUCUAAUCAUCAGGAAGCUUUGCAGAUACUUUCUUCAGCUCGACUCAACUUACGUGGCUUGUCAUCCAAAGCAAAGCAACUUUUUCUAGGUGCAACAAGUAAUGAGGUUCUCAGUGAGAUAGCUGAUGAGGUGACAACUAUGGACAACAUGAUUGCUGAACUUCAGGAACUGAGCAACCAGCUGAGAGACCAGUGCUGACUUACAGACCUGAUUUCUUGACAGGAAAGCAAUAAUGAUACGUUUCUUUUGCCACAGCUUUUCCUAAUGAAAUGGUGACAAUUCUAAUGCAACAACACUCUCAAUAAACAUUUUUCUG